GUUUAAUAGCAGGGGUGGCAAGUAAACGUAUGAGUCGUCGUUUGCGGCCGUUACGUGGAGUGAGUAACUAUAUUGAGCGUCAAAUCGGAGAAUCGAAAUCGGAGGAAUCAAAGCCCUGCUGAAUGGCGCCACCGGCACCACCCAAGUCAAGUCAGGGUCAGGUGAUGAAUAAUGCAAGGAUUCACUUCUUUUCCAUUCUCCUCGCUCUCCAAUACGGUGCUCAACCUUUGAUCUCCAAACGCUUCAUCAGACGUGAAGUUAUUGUGACUUCAUCUGUUUUGACUUGUGAGCUUGCAAAGGUUAUAUGUGCAGUGUUUUUUAUGGCAAAAGAUGGUAGUCUGAGGAAAUUGUAUAAAGAGUGGACUUUGGUUGGUGCGUUGACUGCAUCAGGACUUCCUGCAGCUAUAUAUGCAUUGCAAAAUAGUUUGCUGCAAAUUUCUUACAAGAAUCUUGAUUCACUCACAUUCUCAAUGCUGAAUCAGACCAAAAUAUUUUUCACCGCGCUCUUUGCAUAUUUCAUAUUGAGGCAAAAACAAUCGAUUGAGCAAAUUGGAGCCUUGUUCUUGUUAAUAGUUGCGGCAGUUCUUUUAAGUGUUGGCGAAGGCUCUACCAAAGGUUCUGCUAUUGGCAAUGCUGAUCAAAUUUUAUUCUAUGGAAUUAUUCCUGUAUUAGUUGCUUCAGUGCUCUCUGGAUUGGCUUCAUCCUUGUGUCAAUGGGCCUCUCAGGUUAAGAAACACUCAUCAUACUUGAUGACUAUAGAAAUGUCUAUUGUUGGAAGUCUAUGUUUGCUUGCCAGUACUUUGAAAUCUCCAGAUGGGGAAGCUAUGAGACAACAUGGGUUUUUCUAUGGUUGGACUCCUCUUACUUUGAUCCCAGUAAUUUUCAAUGCCCUUGGAGGAAUUCUUGUCGGUUUAGUUACAAGCCAUGCUGGUGGUGUUCGGAAGGGGUUUGUCAUUGUUUCUGCUUUACUCAUUACAGCAUUGCUACAGUUUAUUUUCGAUGGAAAGACACCUUCAUUGUAUUGCCUUUUGGCUCUUCCACUAGUGGUCACUAGCAUUUCAAUAUACCAGAAAUACCCCUACCAGGUUAAGAAGAAGGAGUCAUAGAAUCUGACCAUGGGGAAUUUAUUUCAUUAGUUCCCCCCGAAACUACUUUGUUUUUUUAUCCAGAAUAUAUAGCAUAUUGUAAAUGAUAGAACAUAGAAGGCAAGCAUUCUUCUUGAUGUCUUCUGGAUCUCAAUAGAAUUAGGAUGUUAUACAGAGCUAUUUUUUUUUUUUUGAAUAUUCUGGAAUCUUUAAAUGAUCAAUUAUUUGUCUCCUCUUCAUUGUGUGGAUAACAGGAUUUCAAUUUGAAAUUUAUAUCGUAGGAGACAAUGCCUGUAUCACCAAUGAAAUUCAAUCGAAAAAUACUUAUCGUCGUUUAAUCCUUUA